AUGUUUACCCCUCGUACGCCUAAAGGUGGCGGUGGUAACCGGCCCGGGUGGAGAAUUCAGCUGAAACGAGUAGCCCAGAUCACACCAAAGAACUGGAGCGAGGAUCCGUAUCUGCUGUGUGUUCUGUUGUCCCUUGCACAGCUCCAGGAGUACCAUCGCAAAGAGUGGCACCCGCCCAUUCACAUAUCGCGUCUGAUUUUGACAACCAAGCCGGACGAUAAAUUCUUCCAUGUUUUUGAAGCUCAUAUAACUUUUGAGCUUCUCGGAAUGCUCGACAACCCAAAUACUGCCACAAAGCGCAUAGACUGGCCGACCAUCAAACACAAAAAGGUCCUAUUUAAACCUCUUGAGAGUCUCGCAGAGCGACUUCAAGCUGAGAUCGCUCUUAACCAGCCACCUGGCACAUUCGAUAUUUCAGAUCCAGCUAAUCCAAAUGACAUCGACAAGGACGAAGAGGAUGUAAUCCACAUCCAAAGAACAAAAGAGGUCGAAAGGAAGACCAGAAAGAGAGCAAAAAAAGAAUCAUUCGUCCGUUCCGAGACAAGAGUUUCAUGA